AUGAUUCCACUUUCAACCAUCCAAGCCGAAAAUGCAGCUUUGAAAUCAAAAGUCGGCCCAGGAUUCGUCGCUGUAUUUGUUGGUGCCACUUCCGGAAUAGGCCAAUCUACACUCUAUGCACUCUUACGAUCUCUAGCUCCCACCCCAUCAUCACCCGCUACCCCCUCUGACUCUACUCCGCCACAUAUCUACCUAAUCGGGCGCUCUCACACCGCCGCUCAAGAUAUCAUCACGGAAGGCAAAAUUAUCCAUCCCACUGCAACUAUUGAUUUUCUUCCUGCGGAUGUUAGUGAUAUUGCAGAAGUAGAUCGAGUAUGUGAUAUUAUCAAGAAGAAAGAAGGUGAAAGGAAGGGUGCUACGGGGAGAAUCAAUUUCUUAUGUUGUAGUCAAGGGAAUUUAAAUUUGAGGGGUUGGGAUCCAAAUUCCCAAAAUCUGGACCGAAAAUUCACACUAAAUUAUUACUCCCGCCACCGCUUCACCCACAAUCUGCUCCCUCUCCUCCGUACUCCCAUUCCCAGCACCCCAACCACCCAACCCGGCACCAUCCUCUCCAUCCUCGGCGCAUCAGCCGAAGGGGCCCUCGAUCUCUCCAACCUCUCUCUACGCACCCCUAAUACCUUCAGCGGCCGUAAGUGCGCAAACCACAGUAUAACCAUGAACGCACUCAUGCUCUCCGAAUACGCAUCUCGUGAACCGAGUAUUAGUUUCCUGCAUACUAGUCCGGGGAUUGUGGAUACGGGAUUAUUGAGGGAAUUACCUUGGUAUGCGAGGAUGGGGGCUAGAGUGUUUGUUAAUGGGUUUACGAAACUGUUUUUGCCUGGGUUGGUGGGGGUGGAGGAGACGGGGGAGAGACAGUUGUGGAUGGGGAUGGGGGGUGGAGGGAGGUUUGGGGGGAGGGGGUGGGGUGCUGGUGAAGGGGAAGGGCAGGGUAAGGGAGGGAAUGUGAAUGUGGAGAGGGCGGUGGGGGUGGAUGGAGUGAGGGGGAGUGGUGGGUAUAAUGUUAAGUGGGAUGGAGAGGUUUGUGGAAAUGAGAAAGUGUUGGGUCCAUUGAGAAGCGAGGGGGCUGGAAAGAAGAUUUGGGAACAUACGGAGGCUAUUUGGAGGGAGAUUGAUGAUGGGAAGUUAAAUAAGUGA